CCUGCCUUGCUUCCUCUGAUCACAUCAGACCACUCCGAUCCUCAUCACCCGCUGGUCACCUUAGCAGUCCCUCUGUCUCUGGACUUCUUUUUUAAUUUACUUUUUUUUAGAUUUUGUUUAAAAGAGAUUAAUAAUAAUAAUAAUAACAAAGAAACAAACUCAACAACUGGAACCCUCCUCCUCCUCCGCCGUCCUCCUCCGUCCUCAUCAACGCAUGUUCUCAGAGCUCCGGCUCCCUUAACGGAGCCCAGCUCAUUACUCACCCGAAUCUCUCUCCCUAAGUUCACCAAUUUUUCAUAUUCUAAAGAUCCGUUCAUUUCUCCCUUCCGGAUCUUUUUUUUUUCCUUUCUUAAAACAAUGUCAAAAAAGUGGGGAAAAAUCGGUGCAUGGGCAGCCGAUUCCGAGCAAGCCGAAGAAGAGGAGCGCGCAGCCGCUGCAGCAGCCGUUUCUCAAAGCUUCCCCAGCCUAAAAGAAGCUGCUGUUACCGCUAAGCCUAAAAAGAAGAAAAUGUCUCUCAACGAAUUUUAUUCCACAUCCAUCGGCAGCGUUGUUGAAUCCAAAGGCUUGACUCCUGACGAGAUGUUCCGCCUCCCUACAGGUCCAAAAGAGCGUUCCGCUGAAGAAAUGCAGCAUGGACACCUCGGUGGUGGAUUUUCCAAUUACGGUCGAACCGGGCCGCCUUCUGGACGUAUGCGUGAUCGUGACAACACCGACGGGUCUUGGGGUGGUGGUGGUAGAAGGCAAUUUGGUGGUGGUUUUGAUGAUGAACGAAGAGGCCAGCCUCCUAGGGUUUCUGAUUACGAUCAGCCUUCGCGUGCUGAUGAGGUUGAUAAUUGGGCAAUGGCGAAGAAACCGCUACCUUCUUUUGAUUCUGGACGACAAAGUCGUUACAGUUCACUCGGAGGUGGAGGUGGUGACGGAGGUGGUUCUAGGGCUGAUGAAGUUGAUAAUUGGGCAGUUGGUAAAAAACCGUUACCUACUCGUUCUACUUUUGGUUCGGGUUUUCGUGAUUCUGGACCGGAGCCUGAUCGCUCGAGCAGGGGAGGAUAUCGUGAGCCAGAGAGGGAGAGGCCUAGAUUGGUUCUGGAUCCACCAAGAGUUGAAGUUGUAGUUAAGGAGCCUGUAAAAACAAACAGGUCUAAUCCAUUUGGGUCAGCGAGGCCGAGAGAAGAUGUGUUGGCAGAGAAAGGAUUGGAUUGGAAGAAGCUGGAGAUGGAAAUAGAAGCUAAGAAGAACUCGAGCUUACAAUCUAGCAGGCCAACUAGUGCACAUUCUAGCAGAUCUUCUAGUGCCCAAUCGAAUAGGUCUGAAGGUUCAGGGCUGCUACACCAAGGGUUUGAGAAUGUGGCUGUGAAGCCGAGGCCGAAGGUGAAUCCUUUUGGAGAGGCAAAGCCCAGGGAACUAUUGUUGCUGGAAAGAGGCCAAGAUUGGAUGAAGAUUGACCGUGAGUUGGAGCAUCGUGGGGUGGAUAGGCCUGAAACUGAAGAGGAAAAGUUAUUGAAAGAACAAAUAGAGCAUUUGAAGACAGAGCUUGAGAAAGAAUUGACGACAAAAGUGAAUCAGGAACCUCAACAAGUCUCUGUUGAUGACCUACCCGGUUUAAGGGAGAUGAUAAAUGAGAAAGAAAGGGAAUUAGAAAUAUUGGUCCAUGAUUUGGAUGACAAACUUCGAUUUGGACCAAAAGCCAUUGAAAGGCCAGGUUCUGGGGCAGGCAGGUCUCCUGGGUUUUCAGAGAGACCUCCUUCACGACCUGGGUCAUAUGACGAAUCGAGAAGUAUGGAGUUCAUGGAUAGGCCUCGAUCUCGUGGCAAGCCAGAUAUUUGGACAAGGCCUGCUGAUGAGCGAAGAUCAUUCCAAGGUGGCAGGGAAAGAGGAUUUCUGGGUAGCAGAGAUUUUGACAGGCAAAGGACGGAUAGGUGGUGAGAAGCUGGCGGUGUUGAUUCAUUGAGUUCUCUUCAUCUUUUGACAACUGAAAUCAAAUAAUAUUUUCUCUCUGCUUAUCCUUUCUUAUUCCUCGCUUUUCAUUUUUCCUUUUUUCUUUCUUUUUUAAUUUACAUGUUCCCCUUGUUCUUGUGCUCUGGGAAUACAGCAAGGAAUAUGGAGUUUCAAGCAUUGGGAACCCUUGGGUUAAUCUGUUGUUACAUCUUGAGACUCUGUAAAGUUGAAUUUCCUCCCCUUUUCAGUCCCUUGUGUGGCAAGGAGGCUGCGUCAUUUGUAGGACUCAAUUUAUUUGAACACUAUGGGACCUGUAGUUUUUCCUCCUCCUUUCCCCCCUUCUUGGACAGUACCAAGGUGCUAUACAGUUAAAUGGUCCUGUUGUGUCUGAGCCGAGGAAGCUGCUUUGUGCUAACUGCUAUGCUCUCAAUUGAUUCUUCUUCUCUCUUCCUUUC